GGGCUUCUCCCGAGGUAGUUCAAGGAUCGACCGGCUCGUCUUCCGCAAGUGGACCAGCGCGUGAUCCUUGCACCGCACCCCCACAAAGGCCGUGUUGGAGGCACAUGCAUGACAUGGAUGCACCGUUGUUUCAGAGAACUUAUUGUUAUUCCAUCUCUGCAAUCAAGCCCCAGAAGGACGGCUGGGGCUGCCUAUCUCAAGUACGCAACAGGGGAUGUCGCCGUGUGCAACCGCACCAGAGCUGUCGCCAGAAGCCAGCUACGCAUCUUCCGAUGGCUAGCUCCAGAAGUGGACAGACGCGCGCGCGCGCGUGCGAAAAUGCUUCAUGUGCCCAAGGCUAUGUACAGGUGUGCGGUGUCACCGUCAACGGAAAUGGGCACGAAAACUCAGAAACUUUUUUGGGACGGGGCGAGGAGGCCGUCACCACUUAGGGUGCAGAGAUACUUGGCUGAAGUGCAUUCCGAGGGACAGACUGAGUUCGACGUGGUAAUCAGGGUUGCUAGGAGCGGAAGAACGAGGUACCCACGCAUUCCGAUCAUGGGUGUGAGUGAUGCAAUGAAGGUGCAUGAGACCUGACCACGAUCCCAGCCUCUACAAGGACCAAUACGCAGGCGCUCCCAAAACCAAUCCACCGCUCUAGGCAGGAACAAGGUCUUGACAGAUGGCACGGUCGAAUCUGGCAGAGCCACCCAUCAGCGCCGCGCCAGGCCAACCAUUCAAUUCAAUACUUUGUCAGCGAUUAGCACAGGUCGUGUUCAUCAUCAUUGUCUCCGCAAGGGGCGGGAAAUGGCAUGUUGCACUGCGUCCAUGGCGCUUGGACCCGGCUGAGAUGCAUAAAAGGAGGUAAA